AUGUUGUUUGAUAUUUGGAUCAAGUAUAAGCCUCAACUGCCAGAUUGGAUUUACAAUGAAAAACUUCUUAAAGUUGGUGAUUUGCUUAUUCAGAUCAAGGAAUAUAAAUUGGCCCUCCUACAGUGCUAUGGACGGUAUCUUCAGCAGUUCAGCUCUAUAAACAUUGAUGAGGUUAUAGCAGAUGUGAAUCAAUUUAAGUCCAUCUUUUUUCCAAGCGGGUUUAGAGAUCAAAAUGCUGCACUUACGUUCCAUGCUUUGCAAGAAAGGAAUAUUUGCAUUUAUCAGAUGGUAUGCAGCAGUGAUAGAAAUCUCCAGAAUCAAGAAUCCCUGCAGACAUGUUUCAUUCUCUUGUCCUCCCUACGGCUUAUUAUGCAGGUGGCUUUACCUCAAGAGUCUUUGUGUUGGCUUAUCUAUAAUGGUACAAUUUAUAUUUAUACCAUAUGCAGACAUUUGAUGAGCAUAGGUCAGUCUGUUAAGGUUCUGGAAUAUUUAUUAUGGGCCAGUGUAUGCAUGGAAUCAUCAGUCCCACUUCUAGCUGUACAUUAUUUGACCUGGAGAACCACUCUUUACACAGCAGUUUGUCAGUGUUACUAUGACUGCCGAGCCAGCAUCCAUGGAGAGGUAUUUGCUCGUCGAGGUCUGAGUAAAAUUGACGAACUAAAGCAACUGGAAAGUGCGAGUUCUUCACCACAAACUUCAGAAACAAAAAACAUAUUUAGAGAGGCCACUAUUAAGAUGGCAGUAAUGGUUUUCAAGCGGUUGGUAUAUGAAUCCAGGAGAAAACCCAAAGUUUAUUUUCGACCAAAGCUAAGAGUUAACCUAAAAGAAGCACAACAUCUGCCAUGGCCUCGUACUGUUACAGAACAGCUGCUGACAGAAAUGUUUGAUGGUACUUCAGCUCAGUUCCUUGCCAUUAUAGAAGCAUUAUCUGAUAGUAAUAGGCAAUUGUUGCACACUGCACCACCUCUUCCUGAGGAACCUGAGAUUCGUGAUGUGAUUUCAGAGCUUUUUUUUGCAGGCAUGGAAAUCCUCUCAGGUGGAGGCAGCAGUAGCAGUACACAAGACAGUAAUUAUAUUGACCCUUCUGGUGUAAUAAAUGCAUCUUCAACUCUUCUGCAGCUGAUAUUAACAGGGAACAAUGGUGUGUCUGGAGACGCUGCUGUGAAAUUUAUAAAGUUAGCUUUUAGCUAUGAAGAGUGGGAUGCAUUUGAUUCCACUAUCGGACUGGUUUUUAGUUUUCUUCAGGAUCAAGAUGAUCCAGUAUGGAAGAAGGCAGAAAUGGAACUCAGACUUCUUAUUGCGAUGCAACCAGUAGUGUCUGCAAGAAGAUCUAAACAUGGUCUUUCUGUUCAGGAAAAUAUCAGGGAAGUUGCAAUGACUCGUAAUUCUGGAAGAAAAACAACUGCACUUCGAGAAGGAUCCUUAAAGCCUGGAGAGUCUGCUGAUGAUCUUGUCAUUUUGGCAACAACAGUGCUUUCCUGCGUAUGCACAUCUAAACAGAAUUUCCAACCAGAUAGAGAAAUACUUGUCGAUGUAAUAAUGUUUUUGUGGCAGAAGUGCAAAGUAGGAGUUCAGCGGAUCCAAACAAGUGGAAGUGACUACUUAAAAUACAUCCACAAAUACAAAGUUUAUAAAUGGAUUCAUAUCCAUUGGAUAAUAAAUGAAGUAAUUCAGAACAGUAACAUGGGAGACACUAACGUGAUGCUAGCAGAGGUUACGUUACGUCUUUCUGCAAUAUUGGAAAACAUAGCUGAUUGUGCAAAUAAAUCUGGGAAAAAAACAGGAGAGAGAAAUGAAUCGGAAUUACUGACAGAAACUCAAAUCUUUGACAUUCCUGAAAUACUGAAGAAAAGUCCUGCAGAACAGUUGCAUUUUGCUUAUGAAAGUCUUGAAAAAGCAAUUAAUGGAAUGAACAUGUCUCGCUUAAUGACCCGUUCACCAGAUGGAAAGUCAAUAUUUGAUCACUGUUGUACAAAGAUGGACCCAAAUAGUCAAAAUCUAUGUGAUGCUUUAGCACAUGACAGUGAUAAAGCAGCCACAGGAAAUCAUUUUGUGAUGGAUUUACAUUUAGAGCUUAUUCAGGCUCAACAUCGAAUAGCUGUGAAGCUUUUUAAACUAACGCAAGAUGUUCAAAUGGAUGGCAAAAAUUUCAGGGCUACCAAGUCUCAUGAGAAAGAUGUAAAUUGCUUUCAUUUAACAGAAACAGAUGUAAUGAAUAAAGUAAAAAAGAAUAAAUUAUCCAAAGCUAUCUUCUUGAUGCAGAAGGCUGCACUGAUGUACCCUAAAGAGCUGGCAAGUGCCCCCCAAAAGCAGCUACUUGAGGAAGCGUUAACUCUAAUUCAGAAGGUUGAAGCAGAGCAAAAUAUAUUGUACUCCAAUCUCAAACAGUCUACAAGUACUGAGAAAAACAGAGUUCCCCCACCUCCUAUAUUGGUUUCCAGAUCACAUUGUUCCAUGACAUUUAAACCAGCUCCAUUCACUUCAGAUGUUCAGGUUUUCUGGUACAGAAUUUUUGGUUGUGUAGCAGCAGGAAGCAAUACAAAAGUAAGGUUAAAUAAUCAUCACCUUCCAAAUGCAGGAGAAGAGAUACCAGCUGAUGGGAAAAGCCUUUUGGAAAUAAAAGGCUUAAAUCCAAAUGAAAAGUACAUAUUUGCAGUUGCAGCAUAUUCCUCAGAUGGAAAGCUUAUUGGUGAUGCUACUGGGGAAACAACUAAACCCAUACUUGCAUAUCCACCUCUUUCUGCUACUACUGCUCGAGCAUAUUUGACUCAGAUUGCCUAUCAGACCGGCAGCUAUACAUUAGCCAAGAAAGCUUUCUCACCAGUGUGGAAUUAUUUUGUCUCGUCUCCAUCUCUACCAUCUGCUGAUUCAGGAGUUAUUUUUUCCAGUAACAAUUUUACUAUAUCUCUGAACAGGUUAUCUCUUGAUGCUGUAUCUCAGGCUUCCCCAUUCUUCUUGCACCUAUUUCUGAGGAACAUAUUUAUCCUUAAUGACAUUCAUGUUAAGGAAGGAGCACUCUUCUGUGAUUCCAUUCGUUUCAAUGAGAUACUGUACAAUGAACAAGUCGCUAGAUUAGUUGAAUGUGAGAGAAUGCUUGUGGCAAUUGAGCUCAGUAAUUGUUUAAAUGACGCAAAUUAUGCCCUGCAAGCUGUUGUUCAGUGUUAUAGUCUCCUUGCUCCAAUUAUCUACCACAAGAUUUCUUCAGUGCCAGUGGUUCAGAUUCUCAUUAAAUGCCUGACAGUCCUUCAAGAGCUCCCAAUUAGUAUCUUACAAAGGAAACAAGCAGGGUGUUAUGAGAGUAUUCAGCAUAUGAUAGCAUGUUCUUCCUUUUACACAGCCAAGGUGCUACGGUCAUGGCAAGAAUAUGAACUAGCAAUAAUUAUUAUUAACUAUGGGAAAAAGUUGUUGGAUUCUUCACAAACAACAUCCCGUGAUCACUCUGGAGUUCUAGAUGGUGAAGAAAUGCACAUUGACACAGAUGCAGAAGAUGAGAGUGCUUGUAAGAAAACAUCACAAGCCGUCGCAGUUGAAAAGGCAACUGAAAACUUAACUGCUCUGGAAUCCAAUCUUCUCAAACUGACAAAACCUGGUACUGGAUCUGAUCUCACAGGACAAGAAGAUCCUUUUUUCCUGUAUCCUAUAAUUUCUUGUUGGUCAACAAAGAAUGCCUAUAAAGAAGUUUUGAAAUUCAAAAAGAAACCUCGUUUUCUGGAGUUCUUUGUUCAAGUUUUACACCAAACACUGAAUGAAGAGAAGUUUCAGCGAGUAUUGGAGUGGGCAGGCUAUGUGCAAGAUUCCUUAAAAAGGAGGAAUCACCAACUUCUUGGUAUCAAAGGAACUUCGGGGAAGGAAGGAGAUGGGCUCAGCGUAUCUGAAGAUACAAAACGGUACACUACAGCAGUAAUGGAGUUUCAAAAAAAAUCGGAAACCCCAACUUUGAAGAACCCAAGAAAGGAAAUAGUUACCCCUACUAGAAGAAAGGACACUCUCAGACAAUAUUAUGUGAAACGCCGCAGUAUCCGAGGGAAGUCUCCAGAAGCACAAAGGAAAAUGCAAGAGGAGUUACAAAAAGUAGCUUUUCACACCCUGGUAACACUAUUGAAUCCAGUUGUUAGUAAUCACUUAAAACGAAAAAAAUUCCAUCAAGCAUGUCUUGAGGAGAUGCCCUGGAGGUCUCAGAUGAAUAUUUAUCUGGCAAUUACACAGUUCUGUUUGUUUAAGAAGAAGCUGGAAGAUCAACAUAAUAUUGGAGUUUGCAGUUUACAACAUUUGAACGGUUAUGAUGUUCUAGACCCUGAAAUUUUCUCAUUAAAUAAUUCUGGUAUCAUAGUGGUACGGGAAAGACAAGAUGUAAACUUAAGAGCACCAAGUUAUCCACUGCUUAAAAAAUCACAUUCAGAAAUCACCAAAGGAAUAACCGCACCUGCACAGUCUAAUUUUAUGAUACCAAGCACAGAAGCACCAUCAGUGAGAAGCCAAUCAGCACCUCCCUUCCUAAACUACUAUUCUGUGGCAUCCUCUGAGUCUGAGGAACAACUGUGGUCAGUAAGAUCCCAGGACCCUUUUUCCUCUGUUCUUACCUCAGGAAAAGGCACUCAAUUGUGUGCACACCAUGAACAAGAUCAUGGUAAAUCUUCUGAGAACAGUGUUAAAAUGAAUGAAGUAGAUACUCCUCGAACUCAAAUGACAAAUUCAGAAUUAUCUCUUCCAAUUUCCACCAAAGAAUUUGACCAAUCUGCAUCCAGUGCCAGUUUGUUAGAGCAUUUCACAAAAACCUUUCUGUAUUUAAGAAGAGCAGUGGUUCUUGCUCAUCGUGGUAGCCAUUGGACAUUGCUUCAAAAUGCUUGCCGAGAACUUUGGAACUGUACCCAAGAAGUAGAAGUAAUUGCCAGACAUUCAAAUUCUCUCCCACUUGCAUUUCCAAUUACCAGAGGUAUUCUUAUCAACACCAUAUGGUUUCCAUUUUAUUUGGCAUCAGAUACGAUUCUUGAUAUGAUGAAUGAACUGCAAACUGGUAAUUCUCUUAAGAUUGUUGAGCCUGAAGGAGAUUUCUGUGUUCCAAGUUGUGUAGGAGGCAUUGCUGAUGAAGAAGGUGGCUCUGAUUUUACUCUUCACUCUCCACUUGAUGAUGUGAAUGUGAUUGACUUGAAAUGGAUAUGUCACCUGAUACUUAAAACUAUAGAACUAUUAUACAAAAUGAAGAAAUGGGAAGCCCUGGUACAUAUAGCUAUGCAGUUUAAUAUUAUUACACAUGAGAGAUAUGCAGAACAAGUUACUCCAUUGCUGGUAUAUGCACAAAGACAGCUCUUGGAAAGAAUACAGCAGUUCAGGGGUCCAAAUAGCCCUGAACCUUAUUUUAUAAAAAAUUGGACUGAUAAUUUGGACAAGAUAAAUUGCAGAAACUACAUUGUGAAACAGUCACAUGUUAUCACUUCAGUUAAUAAAGUGGCAUUGCCUGAAGACCAUUCAGAUCCUGAGGUGAAAAUUAUUUAUGCAGGUAACAGUCAAGCAAAAGCCCUUGUUUGUGUUCCUCUUGAUGUCAAAGACGCCUUGAAAUGUUUUAGAGAAACCCUAGAAAAAUCUAAAUACCACAGCAGAGCACUUAGACACAGCAGAAAAUUGCUCUCGUUAUUUCUUGCACACACACAAGAUCCCCUUGGCAGACUACCCAGUCAGAGCUUUUCAAAUAGAAAAGUGGGAUUUGGUGAGGGAGCUGAACUAACAUUUCUACCAACCCCACCUGACCUUUCUCAAGAAAUUUUUAAUUUUCCCAGCAUGCUUGAAAGCAGGCCGUUACCACAGUCACAACUCCCAAUAGUUAUCUCCUCAUAUGAAAAGACAGUCGAAGUCCUCCAAAUAAAUAAUCAGCGAGACCUCAAGGUGCAGGCUCUACAUGAACUUGGAAAUCUUCACGUUUAUGCUGGAAACAAGAAAGCUGCUUUUAAAUAUUGGUGUCAAGCCCUUGAUGAAACACUCAACGUAGUUGAUGUACUUAACAACUGGCAAAAGUUAGGUGAUUUUUCAAAAAAUGUUACUGGAGAGUUUACAGAUGGAAGUUUUAGAGAGUUAAGCAAGAAAUUUAUUUCUGAGGCUGGAGUUUGGGGGUGUUUGCAUGCAGCAGUUUUAUCAGCUAAGAUAGCUCAGUACAUGUUGCCAUCAAAUUUGAGAAUGAGAACAAAAUGCUGCAUUUUCUCUGCUUUACUCUUUAAGACCCUGUUCAAUGCAUCACUUCCACAUCCGACAGCUGACUGCAACUUUGCACAGUAUGAAAUAAACAAACUUAUCCCUGGCGUUGACUUGUUCUCUGAUCGCUAUAGAGCUGAUGUACCCAGUGUAGUUGCAAGUCUGUACUUUCUUAUGUUUGAAUUGCAUUGCUCAAAGCAAAAUCUAAUGGUUUUGCCAUUGUUCACGUUGUAUCAAUACUUUGUUUCCGAAAUUUGUCGGGACCCAGUUAAAUGUAUUGAAGGAAGAAUCCUCAAGUUUAAAGUACUUACAGAUUCAGGAUUUUUUAUGGAGGCCUUAAACGAACUGAGUCUGCUUAAUCAUGGAGAAAGAACUCCCUGGAAACUACCUACAGGCUGCAGACCUUUGGGGAAAAAUAUGGUCUUUCAGAAAUUUGAUCCGUCAAAAUCACUCUUGUCCAGUGUAAAUUUACAGGUGCUAGAAGACAUUUUCAAUUGGAACCUACCUCCAGCCAUGAUUUCAAUGUGCAACAAGAAUCUCAUGAAUAAAUUAACUUUGGCCAAAAUGCAUUUCAUCAUUCGUCUUUCUGCAACAAUAAAUAGUAUUCCUGAAGAAGUGAUGAAAACAACCUAUGUUAUAGAUAAUACCAGUUGUAAAAAGCCAGGCAGAAGCAUAGACUCAGGAAUAAGAGUUAAUGCUGAACUGAAUUCACGAAAACAGGAACAAAACAUCACAACUGUGCAACUUGUUAGAUGUAAAGAUGAAUUAAACAUGGCCAUGCUCAAGGGUUUUUUAUUGACAGAAGCUGAGAAAAAGCUUAACCAUCUUGUAACAAACAUACAGAAUGAAUAUGACAGGAAGAUUUCUCAGUUUUCUGCUGUAGAAUUAGAAAUUGUUGUUGAGGCGAAGCUUGAAGUUGCAGCUAUCUCUCAGCAGAGACAUCAAGCAGCUUUCAGUGCUGCUUUGGCUUUUUCUGCAAUUCGACUUUUUCAAGAUGCAAAUAUUUUCAAGAAAAAGAUGACACACUUUCAGCCAGGCAAACAGGAUUAUUAUGGUAAAGAUACUCAGCUUCCUGAUGGCACGAUGGCACGAGAGCACCUGAAUGCGCAUCUGUGGUUGAAAUGCCGCAUGGCGUUAGUGACUGCAGUAAUGGCACAGAUACGUGGCAUUAGUGAUGUGAAAGCAAAUGACAUGAGUCAAUGUGUAAGCCUGAUAAAUGAAGUAAUAAUAGAGGCUGAGGCCUUCGGUGACAUCGAUACGCAAGCUGAAAUGAUGAUGCAAGCUGUUAUACUUGACCUGCAUGAAAGACGUCCAGUGGCAGACAUUAAGCCUCGUUUGCAGGACAUAAUCAGUUUGCUCCAAAAGGAAACAUUGAUUUCCCCUCAAGCUGCUUUAACACUUGUGAGAAGUAUGAUUCUGCUUGCUGACAUACUGGCAGUACAUACAGAGGAUGACAGAGAGUAUCACUCUUCCACAAAUGAACCAUUAAAUUUGUUAAUUCUGGCACACAAACUUACUGUUAAGCAGAUGUUCACCCUUGGAGAAUCAGUGGAACAGCAGCAUGAGGAUACUAUAUUGACAAGUCCAGUGCUACCUCUGAAAAAUUUGUUCUUGCCACAUAUCAACUUACUAGCAAAAGUCAAAAUGAGAAUUGGACAUGUGUUAGUUCAAGAAGUAGCUUGCACAUCUAAAAGAGAAGAUCCAUUACAAUGGUUACCUGCUCUCAGGCAUUUAGAAGCAGCAUUGGAGCUUUGUACAACAUCUGUAACAAGAGAAUUAGAUCUGGAAGCUGAAAUUUUUUUCCAGAAAGGCAGGGUAGAACGCCAGAUUAUUGAAGCAGGUAGCAAUAAGUCACCACUGGCUGCUAAGACCCUGUUGCAUGCCAUAAAAGUGAGCCUGCAAAAUGAUCAAAACUUUGAGCUGAUAAGGAAAUCAUACCUGGAGAUAGCACUAUUGUAUUUUCAUCUGGCUAAAUGUAAGGAAGAGGAUUCACAGAGAGUUAACAGAACAUCCAAAAUAAAGCCUCUUACUAAAGAAUACCUUUUUACUGAGAAAAUUCCACAUAUAUCGGAAGUGUACAAAGCACAGGCCUGGAUUGCAAUAAGAGCAGCCAUGCAGGUCAGUGAAGCUACCGUUGCUUCUCAGCUAUUAAUUGGAAGGAACACUGCUAAAGGACAUGAAGUGAAGGAUGUAGUCCAACAGAGAAUUCCAGAAUUUGCUUCUUUGGAUCUUCUUGCCUCAUACGAAGACUUUUUGUCUGAUGGCUAUGACGUUGUCUAUAAAAACCUUCUGGCCUCUUCCGUAAAAAGAGAAGAAAACAUGCAACGUGAAAAGGAUCAAACAGAAAAUGAAGCAACACAAUGCGGUGCCUCCACAGGCAGGCAGAGCAAACCAAUUAUAACAUGGGUCCAUUUAGUUCGCUACCAUAAUUACUUAAAACAACUGAACAGCACAAGCCCUGCAUUUGGACCUGGAUCAUUACCUGCAAGAGAUGCAUUCUUCACCUCUGUGUUUGAUACAGGAAUUGUUCUGCGCUUGACAGAAAUGCAUCUUUUCCUCAAAAAACACUUACCUUUAUAUUCAACAUGUUGUCUUGAUGAUUUUCCAAAAGAGCUGCGGUGUUUGGAAAAACCAGUUGUUAGUUUGGCUGAUCCUGUAAAGAUGUCUGUGGAAGCUGAUGGAACUCCACAAAAAGUGCCAAUAGUGAGAAUAUCAUCCACCGUUUCCUUUAGCACAGAUAUAGACAAAGAGAGUACAACAAACAUCAAGGCAACUAAUGCGCCAAACAAGGAGCUUUGCAUUCAGUGGUACCUUCCAUUUCUGGAGAAAUCUUCAAACGAAAAGGAAAUGAUGGUUUUGCUGCUCUAUGCUUAUAAUACAAAGCAAGUUAAGGUCAUCAACAUCAGGACUUUCAAUUCAGCCAAUGUAUUUUCAGGCCACUUGUGGAUUCCACUGACAAGAAUUAUUUCUUUACAGGAUAAAGUAUCUAAUCUGAAGGAGCAAAUUGAAAGUUGUUUGCAAGCAUCUACCAGUUUUCCUUUACAAAUACAAAAUGAAAACCAGAAAAAAAUGGCUCCAACACAAAAUAAAAUUAAUAAUACAAAAAUGCAACUGGAUGAAAAAACACAAGAAAUGGUUAAGCAAUGUUUGUGUGAAGUAAAAGCUUUGCUGUCUGGUGUUCCAGAUCUAUUGCAGCCACUUACUGAGGUUCCAUUUGACAUAACAUUGCAGUCAAUAAUGAAUCUGGAGACAAUGUUUGAUCCUGCUAAUGGAAGUGUGAUAAUGGGAGGAAGCCUUUUCAGUUGGAUUAUAUCUCUCUUUCCUUGAAUUUUCUUUCUUUAGUAACUUAAUCAAAUACUGAAUUUCACAUGUUUUCAAGUUAAGCCCUGGUCCUACUGAAACAAAGAAUAAGUUUGCUAUUGAUUUUAGCACAGGGACCAAGUUGGCCCCAAAUGAUUUGGGCUUUUUUUCAUUUAUGUUUCAAGAAAUACCAAUAUACUUAAAAAUAAAUAAAAAGAUUUUUU